CUAAAUUCCCAGAUCCAAAGUAAGUUUCUUUAUAUAUACUUGUGAUUCAUAUAUAAUUUGAUAGAGCUCGCCAGCUUCCUAUGGCCGCCGCCGGCACAGUAGCGACGACGUCAAGCGCACUCAAACGCCGAACGGCUGAGUUUCACGAGAGCGUUUGGGGGGACUUCUUCAUUACUCACGUCCCCCAAACUCAUGAGGUGGUAAAUGGCUGGAAUGAACAAAUUGAAGUACUGAAGUCCAAUAUAGCGGGUAUGUUAUCAUCUCAUGCCGACAACAAAACACUGGAUCUCAUUGAUAUAAUUGAGCGACUCGGCAUCGACUACCAUUUUGAGAAAGAAAUCGAACUAAUUUUUCGACAAGAGUAUGUAAAAAUUACCAGCGACGGUGACAAUUACAAUGAUGAUGACCUCUACACCGUUGCACUCCGUUUCAGACUGUUGAGACAACACGGAUAUAACAUCUCAAGUGAUAUAUUCAAGAGAUUCAAGACUAGUGAUCAUGAAGGAGAUGAGUUGAAGCAAGAAAUCGUCAGUGACGUUGAAGGCAUGCUAAGCUUGUACGAGGCUGGGUACCUACGGACGCAUGGGGAGAGUAUAUUAGAUGAAGCCAUCGCCUUCACAAAACCACACCUAGCUGCUGCCGCCGGCGCCGAGGAUCUCAAACUGGCGGACUCGACUCUCGCCGAUCGGAUUGCCCAUGCUCUGAAAUGGCCACACCGCAAAGGCAUGAAGAGGGUCGAGCAUCACUUCUUCAUAUCCAUCUAUGAACAAACGCAAGGGCACGAUGAAGCACUCCUCAAGCUGGCCAAGUUGAGUUUCAAUGUGGUGCAACACUUGUACCAAAAGGAGCUCAAAGUCCUCACCAAAUGGUGGAUCGAGCUGGAUCUGCCAAAAAGGACGUCGUAUGCGCGGGACAAAUUGGUGGAGGUUUACUUCUGGGCCAUGGGAUGCUUGUGGAAGCCCAAAUAUUCUCUGGCCCGAUACUGUUUCACGAGGGUUACCACAGUCGGAUCGGUUUAUGAUGACACAUACGAUGCAUAUGGUACCAUUGAAGAACUUGAGAAGUUCACGGCCGCCAUCCAUAGGGUGGGACACUAGCAUGCAAGGCAUAGAACCGAAAAUGAAGCUAAGGAAUGACUAUACAUACGGUCAUAUCUGUUAGUAACUAACUUAAUUAAUUCUCUACCGCGCGAUGAUUCAUUUUUUUGCAUGCAUAUAUAUAUAUGCAGCUAAGGAAUGCUGUAAGAUUAUACCUGGAAGAAGCGCGAUGGCUGGACAAAAAUUAUGUGCCGACCUUAGAGGAAUACAGGCGUGUUUCUUCGCUGAGCACUCUCUACCAAUGGGUAGCGUUUGCGGCAUUCUGCGGAAUGGGCGAAUCGGCUCCCAAGCAAGUCUUCGAUUGGCUAUUCACAGAACCUAAAUUGUUAGUAGCUUCCUCUGAACACUGCCGUCUAAUGGAUGACGUUGUAAGCCACGAGUUUGAGCAGGAUAGAGGUCAUUCUCCAUCGUCUGUGGAGUGUUAUAUGAUGCAAUAUGGUGUGUCGAGAAAGGAGGCAAUCGAUGCCCUAAAUGACUUGGUGGAGGAGAACUGGAAGAUAAUAAAUGGAGAGUUGUUGAAUCCACCCGCUCAUGUACCGAAAGAAAUUCUUUUGAUGUUUCUUGGUUUUGCUCAGAUUAUGGAGGCGCUCUACGCAGAUGGCGAUGGAUACACCAAUUCAGAGACCACCACCAAGGACAUGCUUACUGCUCUGCUCGUCACUCCAUUUCAUGUUUGAUCCAUCAUCUUAAUUGAGAUUUCCAUAUUCGAGUUUGGUUGGCUCUUGACUCAUUUAAUUAUAAUCACUAGAUUUGUUAAGAGUGUUUGCAUUACAUGCAAUGGUUGGAUUGUUUGUUAAAAAUUUCAAACUCUGAACCUCUGAAUAUGGAUAGUGAUCUAUCUUCUAUCGGUCAAAAGGAGUAACUUGUUGUGUAUGGUUUAAUAUAAUGUGCAA